UCUUAAUCAUACACCUUAAAACAACCACAAACAUUCACAAUUUCAUCAUCCCAUCAAGAUUGUGACAGAUUUUUCAAUUUCAUUUCUUUAUAGAAUUUUGAGUUUUUCAGCUCAAAAUUAACUUCUCAUGGAUGGUUCAGCAUCAAAAGCUGAAGUUAUAAAGCCGGUUCUGCUCAAAGCUGGCAUUCCUUUGGGUCUGUCUGUGGCUGCUUUUUUUUAUGCAAGGAUCAUGGCAAAAAGGAGUGUACUUUCUAAAGAAGAAGCUCUAGAAAACCAGGUGAGCUCUAUCAAAACUGAUUCUUUUGAAGAGUUGAGAGAUGAGGAAGAAGGUGAAGAGAUUAUCAGAAAUACCCAUUUGAUGAACAAUUUAGUAGGAGUUUCUAGUUAUCAGGAUAAGGUUGAUUAUGAGCAAGAGAUUUUAGGCCUAAGAAACCAAGUUGAAGAUUUGGAAAAGAGAGAAUGGGAGAUGAAGAGGCAGCUUGUUCAUUAUCAUGAUUUAAAAGAGCAAGAAUCUAUGCUUAUGGAGAUUAAAUAUAUGUUGUUGUUGGAGAAAGGUCAUGUUGAUUUGUUGGAUAGAGAGAUUUCAUCCAUGGAGGCAGAGAACAGAAGGGUUGAUAAUUUGGUGGUUGAGUAUCUGAGAGUCCUAGAGCAGCUUCAAUGUUGGAAAUCAGAAAGUGGGUUGCUUCGGAGGAAGGUAAAGAAGCUUUUGAAGAAAGCUAAAGAGCAAUCAUGUAUCAUAAGGGAAAAGAACUUGAAGAUUGAAGCUACAGAAGAAGAAAUAUUGAGUAGCCGCAACACGAUAGAACAAAAAAGUAAUGUUGUCAGGAAAUUGCAGGAUGAAAUGGGAGAAUUGCAAUCUGUUAUUGAUCAAUUGCAGGAACAAAACAGGGAACUGUUGAGCAAGGUGCAAUUGGCAGAGCAAUCGGCAUCAUUAAUCUCAAAGAUUGAAGAUGAAGGAAUAACAAUGGAAGAUUACAAACAGCUUGUAGAUGAAUAUGAACAACUUCAAAAGGAUCGAGCGGCUGAAGUUAAGGAAUUGAUUUACUUAAGAUGGACUAAUGCAUGCCUAAGACAUGAGUUAAUGAGGAAUCACGCACAGACGCAACAGCAAGAACAAAAUCAAGAGAAGAAAAACAUUAUGGAGUUAGAAUUUGAAGGGUGUGGAGAUCACGGCAUGCAGCAUCACCUGGUUUUGGAGCAUGGUGAGCCUUGCUUAAGUGUGGAAAAUGCUGGUAGUUCAAAAAGGCCAAAGUUGCUGCAGAAGCUUAAAAGAUGGGUGGAGGGAAGUGAGAAAAUGAAAUCUAAGUUUGAUGAGAAAGAGAAGCAUGAAAUUAAGUGCUUUGGGAGGCAUUCCCAUUCUGUUUGUGAUGAACCAGAGGAAGAGCAUGUAAAUCUUCCAAGGAAGUCAUGGUCCAGUGCAUGACCAUCCUGCAAACUUCAGAGAAUUGCUUAAACUAAAAGCAACCUAUGUUUUAGGAAAAUGAAAAUUCAAUAACAUAUGAAUGUCAGAAAUGAAUAAAUUGAGUAAAAAAGUGGAGCUACUGAUGCUGCCUCAAGUCAAUUUUUAAUACAAUGUGUAACAUUUCAUAUGAUAAAUAAGACCUACAUU